CUUUUGCGUAGGUUUCCCUCAGAACUGCAAGACGCUGAUAUUGCGUUACAGUGUAGCAAAAUGGCGGCUGUCAUUCAGAACCCACUAAAAGCGUUGGGUGACCAGUUCUACAAAGAGGCCAUUGAGCAGUGCCGCAGCUACAAUGCCCGCCUGUGUGCCGAGCGCAGCGUGCGCCUGCCCUUCCUGGACUCCCAGACCGGUGUGGCACAGAACAACUGCUACAUCUGGAUGGAGCGCCACCAUCGCAGCCCUGGGGUGGCUGCAGGUCAGAUGUAUACAUACCCUGCCCGCUGCUGGAGGAAGAAGAGACGGCUGCACACCUCCAUGGACCCUCGUCUACGCCUCUGUGGCCUACAGCUAGAUGGAGGACUCCCAGGCAAGGAUACGCUUCCCACACAGGACACCACACUGGAGGCUCUUCUUAGAGGGGAGGGCCUAGACCAGAGGACCAACUCUAAGGAUGAGGAGAGUCUCCUAGAAAUCCAGAGGGUGUUGGAGGCUGACGCAGCUGAAGGUGGAUACAAUGACGAUGACUAUGAAGCGGACCCCCCCAAAAAAAGACACAGAGGAAAAGGCAGAGGUCGGGGUUCAGGCCGCAGGAGGACAGAGAUGGAUGACCAGGACAAGCCAUACCGCUGUGACAUCUGUGGGAAGCGCUACAAAAACCGUACGGGGCUGAGUUACCACUACACCCAUUCCCACCUGGCAGAGGAGAGGGGGUCCGAGUCCUCCCGGUCACCCUCCACACAACGCUCCGACAGACACAAACGUCAGAAGGGCCCAGGUGGGUCUGCCAGUACCAAUAACUACUGUAACUUGUGCCGGUGCACACCAGGCUCCAACAGGGGUAAAUCUGGGGAGAGGGUACCCUGCUCAGUCUGCCGAUGCUCCACUGGGUGCCCAGAAGAGAAGGAGGACAGCAGGCCGUUUGCCAGGGCAGAAGAACUGUUUGGCACCACCUCAGAGAGUGACACGUCCACGUUUCACGGCUUUGAGGACGAUGAGCUUGAAGAGCCCUCGUCAAACGGCAAGGGGACAUCCAACCGAUACAGAUAGAGAAGAACUUACUAGGUUUAAAGACUAUUUUUAAUAUGGAUAACCUCUAGCAAAAGUCUGCUGCUUCUUUUUAAAUGUUUUUGUUGUUGUUGUGGAAAGCACAAGUGAUUAUUUCAGGAGAGAAAUGCAAGAAGUGUUAUUUUAUUAUCUACUGAACCUUGUUUAAUAAUUUAUGAACAUGUUUUUUAUAUUAACUUUGAAAGCAACAAGAAACAGUGUUUCUGGACAAGUGACUUGCUCUUCAUGUGAAACUGAAGGAAGAAUCUGUGUGAAUCAAGAAUCAUGU